AUGGCGCUCUCUAUGGCGUAUCUAUCGGCGCGUGCGUCCACAGCACGUGAGCUGCAGACGACUCUCUAUUUGACGCAGUUAAAGACGCAGAGAAAUGUGCACACGGCUUUCCGCCGUCUGACCGAUUCACUGAGACACGAAGUGGAGAAUGCCACUUUAAGACUCGUCAACGCAAUGUACGUCCGCAGGUCCGUCAGUCUCAGAAACCGAUUUGUGCGCAAGAUGAGACGCUUUUACAAGGCCCGGAUCAAAACAUUCACUUUCAGGCAACUGGGCGGUCCGGAAGCGAAUAUAAAUAAAUGGAUUCAAAAGCGGAGCAGGAAAAAGAUCAAGGAUUUCCUUCCACCAGAGUCUGUUAACUCUCAAACGCUGUUGAUGCUUAUGAACGCAGUGUUCUUCAGAGGGAGUUGGUUGUCUCCCUUCAACAAAAAGGACACUGCGAAAUUUUCUUUCAGAUUAAACAGAGUUCAGAGCAUCAGUGUGGAAAUGAUGAACGUCAACGCUAACUUCCGGUCCAAGUACAGUUCUACGUUGGGAUGCAGAUCCUUAGAGCUGCCAUACGCUGGGGACAGGUUCAGUUUGUUCGUCAUCCUGCCGAAUCGUGUUGAAAACCUGCAACAGUUGGAAAGACAAUUAACAGUUCACCAUCUGGAAGAUCUGCUAAACAUUACAAAUCAGCCAGUCAGACUGAGAGUUCGCAUCCCAAAGUUCAAACUGGAAACGUCCUUCCGGCUUAAACGUGCCUUGCAGCAUCUUGGAAUCGAAGAGGUCUUUAAGACCGGCAGUGCAGACCUCACGGGAAUUAACGGAAAGAGACGAAGCCUCCACGUGAAUGACGUGGCUCACAAAUCAUGUGUCGAGGUUGACGAGGGAGGAACGAAGGGAUUAAGUGACCAAUUACCAGUGAAAGAAUCCGUCUCAAAACCGCCAUCGUUUUACGUGGAUCGUCCAUUUCUCUUUAUUAUCAGAGACAAGAUAUUUCGAAUAAAUUUAUUAAUGGGAAAGAUAGUGGAACCUUCAGUCUGA